GUCGCGUCAAAUGAAAGCCAAGCGCUGCGCCUAUAAAUAUCCCGACUCAGCGUCCAGGCUUCCCCCAUCCCAUUCAAAAGCCUCUUCGAGCUCCGGCGGAAGGAGAGAGCGAGAAAGAAUCCUCUGCUAGCCUCCUCCGGUCGACGGAAAGUAAUGGCGCUUCCGGGCCAGCAGGCGGUGGAUUAUCCGAGCUUCAAGUUGGUGAUCGUCGGCGACGGCGGCACAGGCAAGACUACAUUCGUCAAGAGGCACCUUACCGGAGAGUUUGAGAAGAAAUAUGAACCAACUAUUGGUGUUGAAGUCCAUCCCUUGGAUUUCUUCACCAACUGUGGGAAGAUCCGUUUCUACUGCUGGGAUACUGCGGGGCAGGAGAAGUUUGGUGGGCUUAGGGAUGGAUACUACAUCCAUGGCCAAUGUGCAAUUAUCAUGUUUGACGUCACUGCACGGCUUACGUACAAGAAUGUUCCUACAUGGCAUAGGGAUCUUUGCCGGGUCUGUGAGAAUAUUCCCAUUGUUCUAUGUGGCAACAAGGUAGACGUCAAGAACAGGCAGGUGAAAGCCAAGAUGGUUACCUUCCACAGGAAGAAGAAUCUCCAGUACUAUGAGAUAUCUGCUAAGAGUAAUUACAACUUUGAAAAGCCAUUCCUCUAUCUGGCUAGAAAGCUUGCUGGGGAUCCAAGCCUUCACUUUGUUGAAUCACCAGCUCUUGCUCCACCUGAAGUACAGAUUGACCUUGCUGCACAACAACAGCACGAGGCUGAGAUAGCUGCUGCGGCAGCGCAACCCCUUCCGGAUGAUGAUGAUGAUGCAUUUGAGUAAAUGGAGGCAUGGCGGUGGUUGGUGGGAUAUGCUUUGCUUCUACAGCAUCUCUGGCUUUUUUGGGCAUAGAAAAAUGCCAUUGGAGUCUGCAUUUGGUGUCUAUCUGUGGAAUAUUGGAUGAUUGGUUUGGGUAGGUCAUGGGUCUUCCAGGGACGUUUGUUUGUCUGUACUUGGAAAUGUUGGGUUUCCAAGUCAUCUCUGAUUUCUGUUUUUUGCCGAGAGACUUGGAACCGAGAAUGUGCUAUAUCCGGUCUUACGGUCCAGUUUUUCAUGUACCCCGGCUCUGGUUUUGAUUGUUGUGUUGUUCCUAUAAUUGGCUGCUGUAUUAGGUAUUGCAUGCAAGUUGUCUCUUUGAUUUUUCUA